GCUACAGAUGAGUUGUUCCUCACCUGACAAAAUCCAAGUCGCUACCUUCAGGCACUUGAACAAAAUUAAACGAACUCCGCUCGGAGAUCCCUGGUGGUGGUCACCAUGCAUCGGCGGAUCCGCUCGAGCGCCCAGUCGCCGCUGGCCAAUCGGCGUCGCCGUUUGAGGAGCGGAGUGGACCCGGAGGAUGAGCGGAUGUGCUGGAUCUGUCUCACGGGCGACGAGGAACAGCCGGCUCGCCGGGAUUGGGUGCACCCCUGCCGCUGCCGUGGCACAAACAAGUGGGUGCACGAGGCCUGCCUCAGUCGCUGGGUGGACGAGAAGCAGAUCCUGGCGCCAGAUGUCCCGGUGACGUGCACCCAGUGCCGCACGGAGUACAUCAUCGUGAUGCCGUCCCUCUGGCGCUUCGACGCCCUCCUGGAGCGACUGGACAAGAGCUACGGGCGACUGUGUCCCAGCGUCCUCAUGGGCAUCCUGGCGGCCACCGUCUACUUCUCGGCGGUGACCUACGGAGCACUGACUCUGCUCGAGCUGGCGGGCUACGAGACGGGCAUGCGGCUCCUCCAAGAGGAUCCCACGCUGCUGAUGAUCCUGCUGCCCUCGGUGCCCACUGCCCUGCUCCUGGGCCGCAUGGUCCGCUGGGAUGACACCCUGAUCCGCUGGCUGCGUCGCCACAAUCGCCUGGGUGUGCCCGCGGAUCAGCUGGAUGCGGCGGGCGAACCGCUGCCCGGUGCUCCCCUGGACGAUGAGUACUUCGAUGAGGUGGAGCACGACCUGCCGGGCUCGGAUGUCCAGUUGGCCGGCGGCACCCUUGCCUCCGAGCACCUGGGACGCGCCUCCAGCAGCUUCUGCAUCGCCCUCAGUCUGCCCACCCUCGCCGUGAUCCUGGGCCAGUCCCUGUUCGGCGGCGUCUACGAGGAGAGCAAGCUGCUGGGCAUCCUCCUGGGCGGAGUGACCUUCGCGGCCGCCAAGGGAUUGGCCAGUGUCUACUUGAGGCAGGCGCAGUACCAGCGCAAGCGGCAGAGAUUCGUGGUGAACUACACGCCGGAGAACAUAAGCCGGUUUACCAGGCACACAAAUCGUGGCCCUAAUCCCGUCCAGAGGCAAUAGGGCCAUCUGGAAUCCACCUCGCUCCUCAGACUCCCUGUUGAUUAUUUAUUUCUUAUGAUGGCAACAAAUCCCAUAAUAAAAUCACUACGCGCUACAACCAGAAAACGCACAACAUUA